AUGGUGGUGCCGGAACGUUCGCUGUUGUUGAUCACAGAACAAAACAGCAAAACGUGUCAUAUCGAUAAUAUUUACUUCUGCGUUCUGGAAGCUUCAAAGAUAAGAGCAGUAGAAAAAUUACAUCGAUCACA